AGGAGCGAAAACCAGUGGCAGCGAAACAGAGAGUGAUCUGAGUGAGUGAUCUCGGUGUUCACUUCAUCUUUCACCAGUCGUAAUCAUCACCACCGUCGAUUGAAGAUGCCGAUCAGAAACAUCGCCGUCGGAAGGCCCGAGGAGGCCACUCACCCCGACACGUUGAAGGCGGCUUUGGCUGAGUUCAUCUCCACCCUCAUCUUCGUGUUCGCCGGCUCAGGCUCCGGCAUCGCCUACAACAAGCUCACUGACAACGGCGCCGCCACACCUGCCGGACUCAUCUCCGCCUCCAUCGCCCACGCAUUCGGCCUUUUUGUCGCCGUCUCCGUCGGCGCCAACAUCUCCGGAGGUCACGUGAACCCCGCCGUCACCUUCGGCGCCUUCGUCGGAGGUAACAUCACCUUCCUCCGCGGUGUCGUCUACAUCAUCGCCCAGCUCCUGGGCUCCGUGGUGGCCUCCCUCCUCCUGGCCUUCGUGACCUCCUCCACUGUUCCCGCAUUUGGACUCUCAGCUGGAGUUGGAGUGGGUAACGCUUUGGUGUUGGAGAUCGUGAUGACUUUCGGUUUGGUGUACACUGUGUACGCUACCGCCGUUGACCCCAAGAGGGGUAGUUUGGGAACCAUCGCCCCCAUCGCCAUCGGUUUCAUCGUUGGCGCUAACAUUUUGUUGGGUGGGGCCUUCUCCGGAGCAGCCAUGAACCCUGCCGUCACAUUCGGACCUGCCGUCGUUAGCUGGACCUGGGACAACAACUGGAUCUACUGGGUCGGCCCUCUCAUCGGUGGUGGGCUCGCUGGGGUCAUCUACGAGGUUGUCUUCAUCAGCCACACCCACGAGCAGCUCCCAACCACUGACUACUAGACCCAGAAAUCACAAAAAUAAGCAAAAAAAAAAUUGUCAAUUACUGAAUUUCUCUUCGAUCUGUGUAUGUUUUUUCCCUUGUGUUUUUCUUCAUUCUACUUUCGCGGGUUGUUCCUUUCGUGUUGAAUCGGUGGCCGUUGGUUGAUCUUUGGUUGGAUGGUUGAUGAUCAUGUUCUCCUUUUAAGUUAAAUUAUCAUCAUUUGUGCAUCCUCUCUCCGUCUCUCUCUUUCUCACCUGGUCCACCAUUGGAUAAUGUAUCAUUAUUGGGUUCUGGCUGAAUGUACCAUUUCACUGAUGCUUCUGUCAAAUUGAAAUGCUUUCCUUUUUUUUUCUAA